GAUGUGAAUUCCUGCAGACGGACCCGAUUGCGAAAAUCGUCCGCAAUGUUGUAGUGGCCUGGGUCUCUGCCAUCGUCGGUCUACUUCCAUUCCUAGCCCUGAUGCCUCUUUUCGAGAAGCUUCGUGGCCUGGAGUUGCAGAGUCAGCACAUCAUCUUCUGGACAUUCAUUUCCAUGUACUUCCUCUUCUGCAUGUUCACCGUGUGCAGCUUCCAUGCUAUCGUCAGCUACGAGGACGCCUUCGAUUGGAUGAUUUCCGCAUUGUGGACUGCAGCAUCGUCCGUGAUUGUGUCUCCCAUUGCAAUCGCUGUUGGAGUGCUGCUGGUCCUCAAAGCCACCGCCGUCGACCUGGAUGAACACCUUCCUUUCCAGCCUUUGGACGACCACCGCUACAAGGUCAGCUUGCGCAAGAUGGCGGUAUCAGGCCGUACUCUCCUCAAAUGGCUGGAACGCGACCAGUCCGAAAUCUUCGCGCGCUGGGAGAUUGCGGGCCACCCAGAAACCGCCGCAUUUUCGAACGGAUUGCAGCAUGGGGAGAGCAGCAAUGGAACGAUCUCCCUGGACGGCGUCAUGGAACAGCAUGCCAUCCUUGCGUCUGUCUUCGUCAAGUCCGAGUCCCAUUCAGUGCGACUGCUGGGCAAUGCUGUGCUUCCUGGGCAAUCCUUCAUAGAACACGGCUUCGAUGGAGCGAUUCCCCUCUUCCGUCGUGGGAAGAAGCUAGAGGAUGCCUAUGUCAGCGUCGCCAUCGAGCAGCCGAGUUUGACACAAAUAGAGAACUUGCCCAGAAGGGGCCGUGGCAGCAUCCGAAUGACCGUGUCGGGGAACAACGCCAUGCUCGCUGGCAAGAUGUCCGUUGACCCGAAGCAGGAAUGCGACCUUGCCGGUAUCACUUUCGAGGAGGAUGAAAUCGAUUUCAUGGAUGAGGAGAACUUCCAAAGGAACUGCGACCUCAUGGGAAUAUCUUUCGUUGCAGAAUAUAACGAGGCCCUUGAUCCGGCCGGCGACGACAAGCCGCGUUCAGCUGGUGUCGAUGAGAUUGGCACGACGGCUUUCACGGUCGUCCCAGUUGCAGACGGGCCUAGCCAGUCCGCUGCAGCCAAGGAAGGCAUGUACGGAGUCGGAGACCCUGUACUUCUUCAGCUGCAUGGCAAGCUCCUACCAGGAAGUGUGGUCGAUCCAGGAUCAGGAGGCAGCUCGAUUGCGACAGUGCUCGUCGACGGAAAGUUUCUUCCAGUCGCCCUCAGCCAGCUCAUGCCAGCUUUCGAAGACUUCGACGAGGUCCAAGUGCUGGACAGGCAGCAAUGGAAGCCUGGAAGAAUUCUGCAAGAGGCUCCAGAAGGCUUCCACGUUCAAAUGGAGGGCGGCCCUCUCAUCAUCCAGCGGGAAAACGUGCGGCGGCGCUUUCAAGAGGGCUCAACCAUUCUGCUUUACAGAAACGGCUGGGUGGAAGCCACCGUCACCAAAACUUUUAUAGAGAAAAAUCUGCUGCACCGCGGCGACGACAGUGUUCAGGUACGCUUGGCAUCAGACGAUCUUUCCGUGCCGUCAUGGCAGGUCAAGGCACCGUCAGGUGUCGUCGUCGGGUAUUGA